AUGAAGUUGGAUCGCCGCGUGGUAGGGUUCCGGUUCCUCCCGACCGACGAGGAACUCGUCGUUGACUACCUGCUGAGCAAGGUGUUGGGAUUCCCGCUCCCCUCCGACGACUACGUCAAGGACUGCAAUCUUUACGGCGAUCUGGAGCCCUGGGAAAUCUGGAACCACUUUCGAGGCGGCGGCGCCCACGAAGAAGAAGACGAAGAUGCUGACGACGAUGGCGACGAGAAGAAGAACGAUCUCUACUUCUUCACUGCGCUCAAGAAGCGAACCGCGACCGGGACAAGACUCGACCGCAGCGUGGGAUCCAAGGGCGGGAGUUGGCACGAGGAAAACGUCGGCAAGGAAGCCCAGACACUCGACGGCGCCGUUUCCUGGACCCUGAAGCGGUUCGGCUACCGUACCAAGAACAACAAGAAGGAGGACGAGAAGAAAAAACCGCAGACUGCUAGUUGUUGUUGUUCGUGGAUCAUGCACGAGUACUGCCUUCUGCCGAUCCCCGAGCUAGGGCUCGACUCUGCCGCUGCGUCCAAGCUCGCAGUCUGCCGACUCAGAAAGAAGGAGAGCUCCAAGAAGAGGAAGAACAACAACAAGUCUGCGCCCAGGGUCAUUCUCAUCCAUGAUGCAGCUUACACCGCCGACGACAACGACGUGGAUAAUGCACAAUAUUCAUCUAUCGACGACGACAACGUGGCUCCAGCUGCGAGUGAUCAAGGAUCCACCACCACUUACAAGCGGCGGAAGCUCCACGGUGGCGACCACCAACAAGCAGUAGUAGUAGUAUCUUCCUCCGUGGAUGUAGAGAUGGGACGUCCAUACUUGUCGUCGGAAGUAGUAGUACAAGGCUCGGCCAGCGGUGGUGGGCACGAAGAAGAACUAGUAUCGCCGCCGUUCCAAGCGGCGACGGAAGGAUGCUCGUCGGGAGUACUAAAAGAAGGGUGGGGCAGCGGCGGCGGCCACGUGGAAGGAGCAGAACUAGAAUCGUGGUUCCAAAAGGUGGUUGACCAAUGCUCGUCGGGAGUAAAACAAGACCACGGGGUUGACGGCAAGGGCAACGAGGAAGAGGAAGAAGAGCAAGACUCGUUGUUGGAUAAGGAGAUUGAAGAAUGCUUGGCAGACGUCAAAGAGGACAACGGGAUUGACGGCAACGGAAACCAAGGAGUAGUAGUAUCACCGUCGUCGUUCCAAUUAGCGGGGAGUAAUGAAGGAGAAGGAGCAAUGACGCAGCUGCAGCAGUCGGUGGAGAUGGAGAUGGAGUUAGUAACGGCAGAGGAGGCAGCUUGGUGGUCGGCCGUCUCAGCCUCAGCCUCAGCGGAGGGAACAUGCAACGUCAACGACGCCUUUGGUUUCAACGUCGACGUCGACUGUGGUUACACUGUUGAAGGUCUAUUGGCGGAAUGUUGCUGCUGA